AUGAGAAACAAAGCUUACGUUCUGUUCUUCCUUUCAUUAUCCCUUCUCUUUGUAGAUUCAUCUUCAGCUUCUUUCUCGCUCUCAACAUUAACGGAGUUGCUUAAGAAAGCGAAAGAUAUACUCAUGGAGGCCGCAACCUACAUAGCAUCAUCCUCUGAGGAACGCAGCUUAAGUUAUCAAAUAGGAGAAAAUAUCACUUACUUAUCCGAUUUUAAAGUCUAUCUUGAUUAUUACAAUUACCUUAAUACUUCUGAUGUCUCCGAUAUCUACACGGAUGAGCUCAAAUCAGCCUUAAAGAAGUUUCAGAACACUUUCGGUCUCGUUUCCAACGGCCAGCUUGACAACGAAACUCUUUCGCUGAUCAUAACGCCGCGAUGCGGCGUUCCUGAUAUUUUAAAUAACGUCUCCAUUAUAAUGGAGGAUGGCACGAUGAAGUUUAAUAACUCGUGGUGGCCGACUGGGAAGAAAGAGUUCACCUAUGCUUUUUCUCCAAAAAAUGAUACGACGUUGUCAAGGCCUGCGUUCUCAGAUGCCUUUGACCGGUGGUCCAAUGUGACGGGAUUGUCGUUCACGGAGACGCCGUUGUGGAACGAGUCUGACAUUCAAAUCGUGUUCCGGCCGUUGGAUGGAAAGGAAGGAGUGCUAGGUGGCCCCUUGUUUGAUAACACCACGGGGAGCUUGGUCGUUUAUUUGGACUCCAAUGAGAGCUGGGCAUCGCCGACUGACGCCAUGCACGUGGACAUGGAGUCGGUGGCGAUGCACCAGAUCGGACACGUGCUGGGAUUCGGCCACGCGACGAUACGCGAGGCGGUGAUGUACCCUUUCUUAAAGCCGAAGGAAAAGAAGGUGGUUUUUGCGAAAGCUGAAUUGGAUAGCAUUCACCUUCAGUACGGCGGAGCAGCUGGCGGCGUGGAGCCGGCGGGAUGGAAACUGGUUUCAACUUUAUGUCUUAGUAUUGCAUCUGCAUGGCUUUUUUGGUUCUAA